UACUGAAAGUAAUAUACAUACAGUAAUUCACAUACUGUGAAUAUUUUUUUCUUUAGGAAUGUUUAUUACUUUUCAUAAUAGUGAAUACCUAUACUAAUAAUCAACUGGAGAAAAACCUGCGUCCAAUGACAUAAUGCUAGAAAACUUCACAAUAUCAUCUACUGUCUCCUUUUAAUUUUUUUCUUUGGCUGCUGAUUUUGUGAAAAGCUGUUAAUUUUGUUUAUCUCAUAUGACAGAUAAAUCAUAAAUCAACUCUGUUAUUUUAAAAUAUCCGAUGCUGGUUGAAUUUCUUCAACGGUCACUUAUACCUAUAUUGUAGAAAAAAAUCACUCUUUACAGUCUAGCCUAUCGCUAAGAAAAUAUCUCAUCUUGCCUGCAUGUGUAGAUAGUUAAUGCAGCAAACUAAACAUUAAGCUCUGUUAAUAUUUUAUACAUAAUUUUAAAGCUACAUAUACUUGCAUAUUUGUAAUUCAUGUUAAUUGGUUGUGUACAUGUAUUCACUCAAUCGCCUAUAAGUUGUUACAAGUUACUUUUCUGAUUUACAGGCUGUUAUAAUUGGACAAGAAACCCAAAAAAUUAUUUUUCUUGGAGUCAAAAACAAAUACUGUAGCAUUUGUUCCUUGGCAAAAUCAAAACACAAAGAUGUAUCAAAACACGUGUGCUACAAAAACCAUACAGGUUCUUCAACUAAAAUGGAGAGAGAUAUUAUCUGCGAAGGAUUCAAUCGCAGCAUUGAAAUGCAUGGACUCAUGUAUAAGCAUUAUACUGGAGAUGGGGAUUCUGCAGUUAUUGCAGCAAUUCAACAAACAUGUAGCUACGGACGACUAGUUACAAAAGUAGAGUGUGCUAACCAUGCUACUAGGGCAUUUUGUGAGAAAAUGCAUAAGUUAGCAACAAACACAUCAUACCCAUUAGAAGGUAGAAAACUUCUUUUGGAGACUACUGUUGAUAGUAAAAUAUCAAGACUAGAACGACUAGUCAAAGGAGUUAGAACGGCAAUAAAAGAAUCUGCUAAACUUGAUGGCAUUUGUGCAGUUGAAACACUUAGAGCAGAUUUGCGAAAUGCUCCAGAACACGUGUUUGGGUGCCAUGAAAAUUGUAGGUCAACAUUCUGCAAAAGAAAAUCAACUGGAGAAACAAAUCUUCUUCCUGACCUGGAAAAAGCUGGACUCCUCCAACCUCUCCGAAUUUUAAUAGCUAAUUUGGAAAAGAAAGCUGACAAACUCGUUAGUAACAGCACCACGAACUCCGCAGAACGGUAUAUGUCUCUAAAUGCUAAGUUUACUGGAGGUAAACGCAUUGAUUUUGGUAAACGAGGAAGCUACUACAGACGUUGUUAUGGAGCAGCUAUCGCACACACAAAUGGCCCGGGCUGGCAUUCUAGUCCCUGGAAGAAAAUGCACGGCCGCAGUCCCGGUUCAGUGUGUAAACAACUAUGCCACAAACGUGAAGAGAAGUCUUCGAAACGAAAACUUUACUAUCAGGAGAAAGGUGCGCCCAAAAAAAAAAGGAAACGAGGAGGAGGCCCCGAUGAACACUAUGGAGAUGAAGAUUUAAUACCAGAACCUGACAUUCCAGAACAAGAUUUGGCAUACCGCUGCGACCAAGUUUUACGUAAGCUUAAAGAAGAAGCUGACACCAAAGAAAAAAUAGAUUCCAUAGAGAUCGCAACACGUGGUCAGCAUGAUAGUGAAAAAUGGCACGACCGGGCGAGUCAGAGACUAACUGCAGAAGCGUUGGCUGGGCCCGUAUUUAUAGUCCGCCGGGCCCCGACCGAGGAACAGUCUGGAUACCCGCGGCGGAAGUACGUCAUGUUGAUAGUUCCGGACGAAGCCCGCGAAGCCGAGCGGAGUCGAAGCUGCCCGAGCGGCUCCGAUGUAUUGCCGGCCGGCGCGCAGGAAUCGAAAGUUGAUGGCAUCAAGCCGCCCCCUAAAGGGCCAAGGAUAUCCUCAGUUACUCACCUCAGACUCUCCCCCACCAAAUGGGUUACAGCUGAUGAAACCCUGGGCUGA